AUGACAACAUUGAUUUCAUGUGUUGCGGCAAGAGCAGACAAACAUGUGGUGAAUGUGAGGAACGACCAAGAUGCUUACCAUGUGACCAUAAAUCUCAACAAUGACGAUCACCCACAAAGAAUUGAAGGGCAGCCCCUGCAUGUCGACUCGACCACUCGAAAAGUCAUUUCGAAAUUCAAAUAUGUACUCACCAAGCAGGAUGAAAAAAAGAUUGCCCAAAAAUACAUCACCUUCGCUGAAAACGUGAAGAAGUUAUAUGAUUCAAUUCCAGAAGAUGCUUCUCCCGAUGCCUCUGCUCUCAAACAACAACUUUUAGCGAUUGUCAGAGAUUUCACAUUGAAAUCUGAACAUCCAGGUGUUGACAUGCUGAAGUCAACUUUGAACGAUUUCAAGAAAGUGGCGUCUUCUCAACAAGUACAAAAUAACAACAAUGAAGGAGGUGCUCAAACGUUAGGCCUUCCAGCAGCCAUCAAAGCAGUCUCGUUUGCCAUGAACGUUGCAGAUAAAAUCGGAACCUAUUCAGACUCUCUUUCUAAAGCGUCGAAAUUCUUGGAAGGUCCUGUCGCCAACAAGCUUCAAAAACUCAAACCAUUCGAGGAGAAAAUUGCUAGAAAAAUCGCACCAGUUGUGAAAUCAAAAACAUUUCAAACCGCUCGUCGAUCUUUAGAAGUGGUUUCAGCUGCGUUGAGUUUGAAAGGAGGUCUCAAGGCAUUGGGAAUGGUGAAGAAAAUCAAAUUGGGAACAUUGAAAAAUGUUCGAAAGACCUUAAAGGAGUUGACAAAGGUUGUGAAAAAUAGUAAGCAAAUAAUGAAAAUGAUCAGAAAGAAUCCACUCAAAGCUCUGAAGCGAUUCAAAAAGUUCCAAAAACAAUAG